AAAAAAACGAAAGAUGAAAGCGGCGGCGGCUUUACUCCAUCUUUAAUGUCAUUGCUACCAACUGUAAAAAAAUCCUUUCCAAAGUCUUUUCUGUCUGGCAACGUGCUAAUCAAAACGUGAAAGAAUGACAGCGGUCGAUAAGAAGAAAGGUGAUGCUAAAAAGCUCCCAGCAGUGCCCGAAUCAAAAUUGAAAGUGGCCAAGAAAGUUUUCUCCGCGCGUGCUAUUGCCACAAAAAGGAAGCUUGUCAAGGCAAAAACAGUGAAAUUGCGUGUUCGGGAGAAUUUCUUGAGAGCUGAGAAAUAUGCCAAGGAAUAUGCACGAGGCGAACGUCGGGAAAUUGAGAAGCGCCGACAGGCCAAAAAGGAAGGAAACUACUACAUCCCCGGCGAAGCUCGUUUGGCUUUCGUUAUGCGUAUUCGAGGUAUCAACAAAGUAGCACCGAAAGUACGCAAAGUCCUCCAAUUGUUCCGUUUGAGACAAAUCAACAACGGUGUCUUCAUCAAGCUUAACAAGGCCACAAUCAAUAUGCUCCGUAUUGCUGAACCAUACGUUACAUGGGGCUAUCCAAACUUGAAAUCGGUUCGCGAACUGAUUUACAAACGAGGAUUUGUUAAGCAUAAGGGACAACGCAUUCCAAUCACUGACAAUUUCUGCAUUGAGCGAAAACUGAAGAAGAACAAUGUACAAUGCGUCGAAGACAUGGUCCAUGAAAUUUUCACGGUUGGUGCCAACUUCAAGUACGUGUCGAACUUUUUGUGGCCCUUCAAACUGAAUACACCCACUGGUGGGUGGCGUAAGAAGAACAAUCACUACGUGGAAGGUGGUGAUUUCGGCAAUCGCGAAGAUAAAAUCAACAAUCUCCUCAGAAAGAUGAUUUAAAACGUUUUAUACGAAGAAUAUUAUCGACAAAUACAGAAGGAGAGUGGAAAAUUUUAAA